GCUUCUGCGCUUGCAAAAUGGCUGCGUCGUGUUUUUCUUAGUGAAAUCAUAUGAAAUAGCCGUUUUAUAGUGAAAUUUACGAUCAUAAUUUAUUAAUUUAUUGUUUUAAUAAAUUUAUCUCGGACGUAGUGACCAUGUAAAUCAUUUAAAGUGUUAAGAAAGGAACAUUAAAUGUUAACUGGUGCAACUGAACAUUGAUUAUUCGUUUGGCGUUUCACCUAACAGGAACCCGCCACGAUUUACCAGAUAGAUAAUAACCCAGUUAAUACAUUAUUUCUAAUUUAGUUACAGCAUGUCAAACAGUGUUGUUAAGGUUACUGAAUUGCCAACAAAUGAGGGUUUAUUUGUUCUUAAAGGAAAAGACGGAGUUAUAAUGCCAGAUCGAGAAACAUUAGAAAAAUAUUUGAGUGGACGAAAACAAGAAACUGAAAUAAACUUAAUUUGUAUUAAUGAGGCUUAUGGAAACAAUAUUGAGGCAACAAUGGAGCCUCUUAUUUAUGAUCCUAAUAACACUGAAGAUAUGCUAGAAGAAAUUGUGCCAUCAGAAAUGGAUGAAAAUGAGAAGUCCCUGCAACAAAACUUGUUAUACUUCCGUUUGGAUCAUGAUUAUACGUUGCUGGAAUCUCCAAAACAAACAAGUCCUGAACAUUUGGAAGAAACAGAUGAACUGGCUCAAACGUUAAGUAUUUUAGAAGGUUGCAGUGUAGCUUCUCCACCUCCACUAGUGCAAAGGCAGCAGGAACCUGUUUCAAAACCAGUCGUAAAUAUAGUAAAGCAACAACCUACCCUUCUUCAUAUGCAACAGGCUACUAAAGCAAAAGUGAAAAGAGUAGUAGAAGACAAAAAAUCUGCCACUGAAUUGACUUCUAAACAGCAAAGUACAAAAUCUAUUUCAAGGAAAUCUCCUAAGCAAACGCAACUAGAUUCACAAGGUAAAAGUGAUGAAGAAAGUGCAGAUGAUGAAGAUUUUACAUUGGAGUCUGAAGAAUCUGAUGAUGAAGACGACGAAAAUGACUCCGAUUUUGAAUUGGAUGAUUCCACAAAAGUUAAACUAUCCAAAAGAACAAGAGGACGACGGAAAAGAGAUGGCACUGCUUUGGUUGAGGAUAAGAAACAAAAAGCUGGAAGAAUUCACAAGAUUCAAGCUAAGUCACUUACAAAACAAGUUACGUCACCUGUUGAAAAAGAAUUAGAGCAGAUUAAAUCAGUUGAGAAACCUCCUGAAGCUGCAUCAGAACAAAGAACUCCUGAAAAGAAACCUAUCAAAAAGGAAAAGAAAGUUCCCAAGCCAUUACCCGAUGAUUUUGCGCUAUUUUCAACUCCUGAUAUUAUUCGAAGAGUUGGGGGAAAACACGAAACUUCCACUUCUACACCCACAACUCCUAUAGUAGAUUCAUCCAUCAAUACACCUAAACCAGCAAAAAUUACUGCUGAAGCACGGACAAAAUCGUUUUCAGAACGUUCUUCAAUUGAAGGCAAAGUUAAGAGACCAAGUACUGACUCAAAAUUGUUGCCAAACGAAAAAGUAAAUAUUAAACCUAAAACUAACAUUGAAGAUAAAAAUAAAGACAGGAGAAUGAGUUUAGAUACCAAAUCCUCUCAUCCUGCAGACAGAAGACUCAGUUUAAAUUUGGACUCGAAAAAAACAUCAAAUCAAGGAAAUCUUGCAAAGCCUCUUGUUAAGACAAGUUCUGCACAAUUCAUAAAUAGAAAUGAUCAAGUAAUUAUACAAAGUGUUGACGAAUCUGCUGGAAGCAGUUCCAGUGAAAACAUUUCUGGUCAAAUGGAUGCGAUGCCCAGUGUAGAAGAUAUUCGUGCUAUGAUUCAGAAUGAGGAUACCAAAACUUACUCAAACAGCCUUGUUAUUCCAGAUCCCGUUCCAAACGGACAGCCACAACAGGCAAAUGUUGAUCAAAAUUCUAUAAAUCUAGAAGGAAGUGGUUUGGAUAUUGAUCCCCUUUUGGAAAAUAUUAACUCCGAUUUGAUAUCAGAAGAUAUUCUAUAUCAAGUUGCUCAGUCGCUUGCUGACAACACUGAAUUACAAAACGCAAUUGAUAAAUCAUUAAACGAUGGUAAUUUAGUACUUGAUCCCAAUGUUCAACAGGCUAUUGCACAAACCCAAAAUGUGGGAUCUCAUCUAGAAACACAUCAAAAAAAUAUAAAUACACCUAAAGCGUCAAUAGUACCAAACACUUCGAAAGGUACUCAGAUCGUGAGACCUGAUGGAAGAGUUGUUAUUAUUCCACCAAUCGAAAGACCAGCAACCAGAAGUAGAAAUCGAAAACAACAACAAAGUCCUGAGGUUUCAAAAGCAACGCCAAAAGUUGUUCACAAGCCAUUAGAUGAAGAACACGUAUCAGGAAACGAGUUGGACAGUUCAGAUGCCGAAGCAGAGCAGGAAGAGGAGGAGGAGGAAGAAGAAGACGAUAGAUCCGAUGAUGAUCCUGAUAAAUUAUGGUGCAUUUGCAAUCAGCCGCAUAAUAAUCGUUUCAUGAUAUGUUGUGACCAGUGUGAAGAAUGGUAUCAUGGAAAAUGUGUCAAUGUUACAAAAGCCAUGGGACAACUUAUGGAGCAAGAAGGCAGAGAAUGGAUUUGUGUUUACUGUAAGGUAAGUAAAAAUAAAGUGAAUGCAUUAUGUCAUCACUUUUUAUUACUACAUUUAAGUAGCCCAUCGAAAUUGUCUUACCCUCCUAAGCAUAGAGGAUAUUGUUACCACGAGAUUGUGGGGGACCACCGUCAAAUAAAUACACCUAAAGCGUCAAUAGUACCAAACACUUCGAAAGGUACUCAGAUCGUGAGACCUGAUGGAAGAGUUGUUAUUAUUCCACCAAUCGAAAGACCAGCAACCAGAAGUAGAAAUCGAAAACAACAACAAAGUCCUGAGGUUUCAAAAGCAACGCCAAAAGUUGUUCACAAGCCAUUAGAUGAAGAACACGUAUCAGGAAACGAGUUGGACAGUUCAGAUGCCGAAGCAGAGCAGGAAGAGGAGGAGGAGGAAGAAGAAGACGAUAGAUCCGAUGAUGAUCCUGAUAAAUUAUGGUGCAUUUGCAAUCAGCCGCAUAAUAAUCGUUUCAUGAUAUGUUGUGACCAGUGUGAAGAAUGGUAUCAUGGAAAAUGUGUCAAUGUUACAAAAGCCAUGGGACAACUUAUGGAGCAAGAAGGCAGAGAAUGGAUUUGUGUUUACUGUAAGGAUCCUACUUUAAAGCGACCAGCAGCGGCUGCACGAAGAAUAAGAAAAGCAUCAAAAGCGUCUACUGACAGUGGCAAAAGUCAAAACAAAUCAACGUCUUCUUUAACAGAAUCAUCGGGAAAAUCUUCAUCUUCAUCUGAUUGUAUUGUAUGUGGAAAACCAUCUCGAAGUAACUCUAUCUUUUGUAGUGACCAAUGCAUUUUGAAACAAGCGCAAACUGUAGAAAGGGUGGUUGUUUUUGAAAGGUCAACGGGAAAAAUCCUCUCGGGAAGCAAUGCACCCAGUGCGGCAAAUCUCGAAAAAUGGCUCAAAGAACAUCCAGGUUUUGAAGUUGUUAGAUCUACUAGCAAACCUAUGCCAAAUAAAAAUCUGUCUCAGUCAAAGUUAAAGUUAGUUAGAAAUGUCUCAAACGAAGGAGUAUCUCUUGCCAUUCAAAGAAGAGGAGUUAAUAUUGGUCUCCUCAAUCAUUCUCCAAAAGCUCAACAAAACCAGCAACAGUUCACAAUUAGUCAACGAAAUAGAAAUGUGGUAAAAACUAUUCCACAUUUUAAAAUAGUUCGCAAGCAAAAACCAUUGGUCGAAUCGAGAACAAAAUUAAUUCAACCUCCACCAAUGACAGUAAUCACGACGCCUACAAGAGGAAGGCCUCCUCAGAUCAUUCAAAAAGUUCAAACGAAUGUAACUCCAAAACAGUCUAUUAAUAAUAGUAUCCCAAGUACAUCGACCUCCACACCUAUAGUAAAAGAAAGGCCAAAAAUUCAGAAAACUCUUAAACCGAAACUACCCGAUGAUCAAACAUCUCUUGCACCACCCCCCAAACAAUCGGAAAAUAUCCGGGAAAACGUUAAAAAGACUUUGUUUGAACAACUCACAAACAGACUUAAAAUGGUAAAUGAUAUCAAAUUAGAACCAGAUGAGGUAUGUGGACGAAAACAAGAAACUGAAAUAAACUUAAUUUGUAUUAAUGAGGCUUAUGGAAACAAUAUUGAGGCAACAAUGGAGCCUCUUAUUUAUGAUCCUAAUAACACUGAAGAUAUGCUAGAAGAAAGUGAACAAAUAUUAGAAGAUAAUCGUCCAAAAGGUGGUAUAGACAGUACUGAAGUUAUUGCUACUCUUAACUCAGAUAAUGUUGCCACCUCGGACAGUCCAGAUUCAAAAGCUAGUAAAGAUAAAGAUAAAAAAGGUUCUAAAUAUGUGAAAUAUGAAAAAGGUAGGGAAAGGGACCGAGAAAGAAGAAACAGGUCACAAGAAAAGAGUGACAGCAGGGAAAGAAAAAAGGAAGAAAAGUCGUUAAAAGAUUACAAAAGAAGAUCUAAAUCACGAUCCAGGUCAAGAAGUAGGGAUCGUACUUCUAGAUAUAUUGAAAAGAAAAAGAGCAACAGAGACCACGAACGACACCACCGGUCGUCCCACAAGAGUUCACGCCACAAAAAAGAACCCAGCACAACCGAAAAAUUGGACAAGAAAUCCAAGGAAAUUUUGGAGCAGCUUGUUGAUAAACAAAUUGUGCCACCACUUGAAGACAGAUUGUGGAAACACGUACCUCAAGAAGAUAUUACAACUCCCGCUAUUGCUGAAAGUGACAGUGACCAUGAACCAUCAUCAACUGUGACCAUUCCUACCCCUCCGCGUACUACUGACGUCGAAGAAUCUCCAUCUGUACCACCCGUUUACACCGAAAAGACAAUAACAGAAAAACCAGAAAAAAAGACAGUAGUAGCGGCGAAAACCCCAUCACCGCCUUCAAGUAAUGAAGAUAGAAGCAUGUCACCGCCUCCAAAGACUACCGCCGAAUACCUUUGGAAGGGGACAAUAAACAUGGUGGACGUGGCCCAGAUUUCUAUAACGGCUCACGAAGUAUCAGGCGAUUGUGCUGGCUUGGGUGAAGAGCUACCACCUGCAUUGGACGUUGUUGGUCGAAUAUCCCCUGAGACAGUAUGGGAGUAUAUUGGAAAGAUGAAAUGUUCAAACAGUAAAGCAAUUUCGCUUAUUCGUCUAAACGCAACUAAUAUGGAAGAAAAAAUGCCAUAUAUUGCUUUGUACAGUUAUUUAUCAAGUAGAAACCGGUUGGGUGUAAUUAAAAGCUUGAACAAAGCUGUCAAGGAUUUUUACAUAUUACCAUUGGCAAGUCAGAAACCUAUUCCACAGGCACUAUUACCGAUUAACGGCCCAGGUUUUGAAGAGUCAAGACCUGCCCUGUUAUUAGGAAUAAUAGUUCGUGACAAAAGAAAACGUCCAAUAUUUGAUCAAUUACCUUCUGUAUCUAAACGGACCAAAAUAGAGGUGUCUGUCAUAAUAACUCCUCCCGUUUCAACUACCCCUGUUACCGCUACAGCUCGUUCUUAUACACCUCCUCCUCCUCUUAUUCGGGACCCCAGGAUUAAAACAGCCCCUCAAACAGCAUCUGUACCAUCGCCGGAAACACCUAAAGAUACUACCGAUGACAUGGAUGAACCAUAUAGUCCAGAGGAUUCUGACCCUGACACUGUUAUAUCUCCACCGGCGUCGGUUAGUGCACCUACACUUGACACUGGCACUCUUUUACCUGCAAUAAAAUCAUCUCCGUAUGUUGAAGUCCCGCCCACAGUACAGCCAUUUGAACCUUUCAGCAGUAAAUUCGACAGUAUUCCAGGUCUCGAAGAAACUUCUGUGGCUUCUGUUCUUCCAGCCAGCAGUCAGGAGCUCCAAAAAAAGAUGGCAGAACUUGAUCAGAAAAUUGCUAUGCAAAAAGCAGAAAUUGACAACAUGUCACAGAGCAUCGUAUCGACGGCUGCUGCUGAUAUUGGUUCGUCCUCUUUGGCUAAUAUCGCAUUGCCCAGCAAUUUGCAACAAAUUUUGGAUAGCAUCAAAGGCAUAGGUGCUUCCAGUACAAGUACAGAUAAUAAUACGGCUACUUCAGUUAAAGGUACAUCCUCAAACAAAUCUGACUUAACUAUGCCUUUACUUUUACCAAAAAUAAGUUCGAGAUCGGCUCCUCCAGCUCCAUCGAUAACGGCCAUUGCUACAUCCAAAAAAGACCUGAUAUCUUCGUCGUCAACGAUACCAUUGAACUUACCGAAGCCUAAAAUAAAACCCACCACAAUAAGUUCAUCUCUUCUCGAUAAAACUCCAGUUUUAAAAUCAGAAAUUGAUAAGGAAAAACCAAGUGGUGUUCUCAGCUCAUUAUCUGAAGAGGAUUUAAUACGUAAGGCAGCGGAAAUGCUUGGAGAAAAAAAGGAAGACACAAUACCAAAGAUGUCGAAGAUGGGCCUACCACCAGAACCAUAUACUCCAACGAAACCUGGGUAUCAAACAACAUCUCGAGCUCCUCCACCUUACGCAAGUGGACCUGUUAUGUAUACAACCCCUCCACCAAUGCCGAAUCUGAGCGUACCUCCUCCAAAUAUUUUACCCCCCAGUAACAUUCAACCUUCCAAUGUAAUUCCGUCAAUCAAACGUUUGAAAGUUGACGAUCAGCCGCCUGUGCCAGGUUUAGAGGAUGAAAUGUAAGGUUUUGUUAAUUGUUUAAACCAUUUUGUAAGUAUUUCUUAUAACAAUUUCUCCUUUAUCUUCUAUUGGAAGAAUUCUUAAAAAAAUUAUGGUAUAAAACCAAUAAUCUUACAAAGACAAUAUAAAUCCACAAGUUGUUUGUUAAAUGUAAAUGAAUGUAAUUCAAUUUAUUUAUGUAACAAUAAGUUUUUAUGCUGCUUUAAAAUAUUGGUAAGGUGAAUUGUAUGAUUUUUUGAAACAUCAACAAGGGAUUCCAUAAAUUUUUUGUAUGUAAGGCGCGUUUGAACAUCCUAGAAAAACAUAGGCUGGCCUAAUAUGUUAGGGUAAUUUGUGUUUGUGUUUUUUAAGAUAAUCAUUUUAGGACUAUCUUUUCCACACUAAGUGUGCUGCUUAAAGUACUAAAAGUGCAAUUUUAGAUACAAUUUAUCUUUGAAUGCGUUUUUCGUUUCUUUUUUUUUUUUAUUGCGUUGCUUAUCGCCUUCCUUACUAAUUUUAUUGCAAUUGUGAAAUUUUUCAACACAAAAAGUAAUUAUUUCAAAUAUAUAUAGUUUUAUUUGUAGACAUUAUUUGUAUACAAAAAGUAAUUAUUUCGAAUAAAUAUGAUCGUGUACAUGCAAUUAUAAAUUAAACUUUAAGUGUCAAGACUUUUUUAGUGGUAAUUUAAAGCACCAUACAAAAUUUUAACUACGAGUAAACAUUUUAUUAACUGACCCAAGAUAAGCUCUUAAUAAAGUCAUUAGAAACGAAAAACAGUUUCAAAUUGCUACAAAUAUUAAUAAGGAUCAUUACAUGUUAUUUAAUAAAUUAAAGCAUAUUGGACCUAUCACUGUAAAUUUUAUUGGUAUGUAUUUCAAAUUUUUCGUUAAAUAAGAUCUUGGUAAUGAAUUAAAAGUAAAAUUUUUGCAAACGAUUGUUACAAGCAAAAUUCUUCUGGUAAUGGUUUAAUCUCAAAUGUAAAUACCAAAAACAAUGUAAUUGUACAGAAGUAGUAUAAGUUAAUUUUAGUAAUUAUUUCUUAAGAAAUAACGCGGUAAUUAUGGUAGUUAUAUGUAUAUAUUAUCGUUAUUAAAUAUAAUUUUUCUAAACGAAUAAUUACAUUAUGUUUUGAACAAUUUAAUGUUAAGGCUUUUUUUAAAAAUUGUUAAUGUAAUUUUAUUCAAUAGCAUUGAUUUACUUUCGUGUUUUGUGACCUUUUGUUUUAUCACAUCAAUAAAAUUGCCCCAUAAGUUUA